AUGAACAGAAAAAGCAAGUACACGGAAUUCUUCCAGCAAAUCGACGGAUUUGCAGAAUGCAAAAAAUGCGGUACGAAAGUCAAAUGGUCAACGGCGUACGGGACAAAUUCUUUACGUCAUCACAUGACCCAAUUUCACAGAGAUUCUAUAGAGAAGGUACUAUUUUGAAAAGAAACUGAAAAAUAAUUUGCACAUUCAGCUGAAAGCCGAUGAUGAGAAGAACAAAGAGAAGAUGGAGUUGGCCUUCACGGCGAAAAGAAAGCAAUCUAUUCUACAAUUUCCUGUCGUUCAAAAAAAAGAAGUUAGAGCUCCAAUUGUGGAGCCCCCGAAAAUUACAUCAGUCGCUCAGGCGAAUAAUCGAAAAAACGAAAAAAUCGAUUUAUUAAUAAUUAAAAUGAUUUGCUCUGAUCUCCUACCCCUGCGAAUCACCGAGAAAACAGGAUUUUCAGAGUUACUCAAGUUUCUCGCACCGUACUAUAAGUGAGCACAUCUUUUAAAAUCAUUCUAACCAGGUAUUCAUUCAGAAUCCGCAGCCGCUUCUACUUUUCGAAUACGGCGCUGCCGAUGCUUCGAAGACGACUGGAGGAUUCGAUCAAGGAAGAUCUGAAUUCGAUGACGUCACUUGCACUUACGUCGGACGCGUGGAGCUCUAAAGACGGAAAAAAAUCACUACUGGCCGUGACAGGUUUUUGUAAACAAUUUUUUUAUUAUUAAUUCAAGUUUUUCAAGGUCAUUGGAUCGAGACGACUAAUUUUGAACCGAAAUUUGCACUCCUCGACGCAAGACCGAUCAAAGGAAAACACACAGCAGAAAAUUUCGCCUUAUUGAUCGAAGAGACGCUGAAUAACUACAAGUUGUCCCCUGUGAUGGUGUCGUGCAUCACUAGAGACGGGGCCACGUCGAUGGAGGCGAUGUCCCGAAAAUUGAGUAUUGACUCAUUCCAGUGUUACGCUCAUCUCAUUCAACUGGUAAAAUUGAGAGAUUUCAAGUAUUUCAAUUAUCUUUUCAGAGUAUCAAAGAUUCGCUUGAGAAAUCCGACGAUGAUCGCUUCGAAAAGGCUAUGCAAAAAGCGAAGAAAAUCAUUAGAAAAGUGAACAAGUCUUCGAAAUUACGGGAGUACUUCGAGCAAUGUCUCAGGGAUGAGAACUUGCCGGAAAGGCAGUUAUUGAAAGUCAGUUGUUCGUUCUUUCACAAAAAAUCAAUAAUUUUUUUGUAGAAUGUCGAAACACGUUGGUCAAGCUUGUACGUUAUGCUCAACUCCUUUGUGAUAAACAAGAAAGGAAUUAUACGGAUGGAAUUCGAGGAUUCGCAACGAACACUUCCAGAGCAUCCGGAGCUCACAGGAAUAGAUUGGGAGAUUAUAGAAGCUAUGCGUGAUCUGCUCGAGCCGGUUGCCGAUCUUGUAGAGGCGAUCCAACAUAGAAGAAUGGCACCCUGUUCCAUCAUCAUUCCAACUGUCAUGCUACUAAACUUCCGAAUUCGUGAGAUGGAAAUGACAAGGUGCUAAGAUGAACCAAAAGAAUUCCGAAAAACCAUCGUUUCAGCAAAACGGAGGCAGUUCGCAUUUUUGCGAAAAAUUUUGCUGAAUCUUUAGAACGAAGAGCCGAGAAGUACAAAAGCUUGCCGAUGCUCCAAUCUGCAACGUUCUGCGAUCCCCGAUACAAAGACGCAUUUUCCGAAAAAAAUUCAUAUCGAGUACUUUUCAGUAGUUUUUUAAAACCAACAUUCAAAUUGCAGGAUGAAAUUGUUGCUAUUCUGAGAAGUUCAUCGAAUCAGAAAGAUCGACAGCAAGGCGGCUCUCCCGAACAUACAGUAGAAUGUUCAUCGACGUACUACCGGUUUUUAAAAGAAAAAGGUAGAACAGCGCCGAAGAAAACGCUCGCCACCGACGAAAUAGAACAAGUAGUGCACCCUCAGUUUACUGUUUAAAAUAAAACUUUAGGAAGUCGACUCGUAUCUAAGUACGCCUCCGGAUUCGAGCACCGACCCGUUUCUCUACUGGCGACUAGAUCAAUCUCAUCCGAACCUCAAAAACAUGGCCAUCCGUCUUCUCGCAAUUCCGGCAACGUCUUCCGAAUCGGAACGAGUUUUCAACGUAUCUGGUGCCAUUUUUUCACCGAGAAGAAUGCGGAUUUGUUCUGAUCGUUUACAAGACUUGACUUUCUGCUCAAUCAACACAAAAUUGUACUAA